ACCGAACGAUUCCCGCUCCGUCAUCCAAAUUUCACAUCAUUUUCAGUUUGUUCCCUGAGAGGGUCAGGCUACCAGUUUAAUCUUCACAUAAUGGAUACCGGAGGAAAGUUGAAGAAAGGCGCCGGAGGAAGAAGGGGAGGCGGCCCCAAAAAGAAGCCAGUUUCUCGCUCUGUCAAAGCCGGUCUCCAGUUCCCUGUCGGAAGGAUCGGUCGCUACUUGAAGAAGGGGCGGUACUCCCAACGUGUUGGCACCGGAGCUCCGGUUUACCUCGCCGCUGUGCUGGAGUAUCUUGCAGCUGAGGUUCUGGAGUUGGCUGGGAACGCUGCCAGAGAUAACAAGAAGAAUAGAAUCAUCCCAAGACAUGUUCUGUUAGCAGUGAGGAACGACGAAGAGCUUGGAAAAUUGUUGGCCGGCGUGACCAUUGCUCACGGUGGUGUGUUGCCUAACAUCAACCCCGUUCUGCUGCCUAAGAAAACCGAAAGAGCCUCCACAGAAUCUAAGUCUCCAUCCAAAGCCACCAAAUCCCCCAAGAAAUCUUGAAUUGCCUCUACAUUGUGAACGGGAUGUUCAUCUUUGUGUAUGUAGUUGUGUCUGUAGUGUGACUUUGUAUGGAGGUGUACUCGAUAAAAUCCUAGGGACAAGGCAAUCGCUGUUUUAUUAUCCAUGUAGAACUACUUUUGUUUCAUUCAAAUGAAAUGAUAGGGACUUGAUCUUCUAUUUCUAU